UCGACCUAAUACGGCUGCAGUCUGGUGGAGGUUGAGGAGCCAAGAGAAGGCAGCAGGGGGAUAAACCGGGGCCACCAUUUGACAAAGCCUCCAUUACAUUCUUUCCUCCGGUCCAGCACAUUUGAACAGAAAUAGUGGAGAGUAAAUUCAAGUAAACGAAGUCACUUAUAAAUUGAAGAAAAUGACGAGGGGUCCUGUGACAGGACUAUUGGUGGCGCUGUGCAUAGGCACAGCGGUCCAUUGUCUGCCCAAGACUUCGGAACGAGCAAAAAGAACGACCCAGCAACAAGUUAUCCCCGAGAUGGAUGACCCGUCGACCGUUCCCUACUCCUCAUCCCAAUGCACGGAUAGCGGUCGUGUUUAUAGAUUAAACGACCAAUGGGAGCGGACAUAUCUGGGCAGCACACUGCUCUGCACUUGUGAGGGUGCUGCAGGAAUUAAAUGCGUAUCCAAGCCCGCAGCCCAAUGCACGGAUAGCGGUCGUGUUUAUAGAUUAAACGACCAAUGGGAGCGGACAUAUCUGGGCAGCACACUGCUCUGCACUUGUGAGGGUGCUGCAGGAAUUAAAUGCGUAUCCAAGCCCGCAGCUGAAGAGACUUGUUAUGACAAAAUUAACAUGCGGACUUACCAAGUCGGAGAGACGUACGAGCGUCCCAAGGAUGGCAUGAUCUGGGACUGCACAUGUAUCGGUUCCGGAAGGGGCAAAAUCAGCUGCACAAUAGCCAACCGUUGCCAUGAAGGAGGGAACUCGUAUAAGAUUGGUGACACUUGGAGAAGGCCACACGACACUGGAAACUACAUGCUGGAGUGCGUUUGCCUCGGCAAUGGAAAGGGAGAAUGGACCUGCAAACCAGUGGCGGAACGUUGCUAUGACAAUGCUGCGGGAUCCUCCUAUGUGGUUGGUGAGACUUGGGAAAAACCUUACCAGGGCUGGAUGGUAGUGGACUGCACUUGCCUCGGAGAGGGCAACGGCCGCAUCACCUGCACUUCCAGAAACCGUUGCAAUGACCAGGACACAAAAACCUCCUACCGCAUCGGAGACACCUGGACCAAGACAGAUGCCCGUGGACACACCCUGCAGUGUCUGUGCACUGGAAAUGGCCGCGGCGAGUGGAAGUGUGAGAGGCACACCACUGGUCAAGCUACCGCUGGCACAGUGACCCGAGUGGGCCCAGUCGUGUACCAGCCCAACGCCCUGCCUGAAGUUCCCAUCGAGGGCACAUGCACAUCCCAGUCGGGGGUCACCUACUCCGUGGGCAUGCGCUGGAUCAGGACCCAGGGCAGCAAGCAGAUGCUGUGCACGUGCCUGGGCAACGGAGUCAGCUGUGAGGAGUGGGAGGGCCAGUCUCAAGUGUACGGCGGGAACUCGGACGGUAAGCCCUGCGCCUUCCCCUUCGUGUUCAAUGGAAGGACCUACUACUCGUGCACCUCUGAGGGCCGCUCUGACGGUCAGCUGUGGUGCAGCACCUCCUCCGACUACGACACCGAUGCCCAGUACUCCUUCUGCACUGAGAAGACAGCUGUGGUGGCCACCCGUGGGGGUAACUCCAACGGCGCUCUCUGCCAGUUCCCCUUCAUCUACAACGGCCGAAACUACACCGACUGCACUGCGGACGGCCGCCGCGACGGCAUGAAGUGGUGCGGCACCACCACCAAUUACGACGGCGAGCAGAAGUUUGGGUUCUGUCCCAUGGCUGCCCACGAGGAGGUGUGCACCACCAGCGAUGGCAUCAUGUACCGCAUGGGCGACGAGUGGGACAAGCGCCACGACGUCCUGGGUCACAUGAUGCGCUGCACGUGUCUGGGCAAUGGCCGCGGUGAAUGGAGCUGCACGGCCUACUCUCAGCUCAGAGAUCAGUGCAUUGUUGACAGCAACACUUAUGACGUGAACCAGCAGUUCAGCAAGCGCCACAAUGAAGGUUACAUGAUGAACUGCACCUGCUUUGGCCAGGGGAGGGGCCGUUGGAAGUGCGAUGCCAUCGACCAGUGUCAGGAGCCUGAGACCAAAGUCUACUACCAGAUCGGAGACUCCUGGGACAAAGUCAUGCAUGGAGCUCGUUACAGGUGCUCCUGCCAUGGCAACGGCCUCGGAGAGCACGCCUGUGAACCUCUGCAGUCAGGUGGCCAGGGGCCAGUGAGGGUGAUCAUCACAGAGGCCGGCACGCAGCCCGACUCCCACCCCAUCCAGUGGAACCCACCCCCCUCAGCACACAUCAUCCAGUACAUCCUCAAGUGGAGAGUGAAAAACACCCACAGGCCAUGGAGGGAGGCUAAGAUCCCCGGACACCUGAACUCGUACACCAUCUCUGGCCUGAAGCCCGGCCUCACCUACGAGGGUCAGCUCCUCAGCAUCCUGCGGCAGGGAGGCCGCGAGGUCACCCGCUUCGACUUCACCACCACCUACGGCACCUUGAACACGGCUGAGGGAGAGACCAGACAACCAACCUCUCCAGAUGUGGUGGACAUCUCGGAGUCCGUGACUGAGAUCACCUCCAACAGCUUCGUCAUCUCCUGGGUCUCUGCCUCCGACACCAUCUCUGGCUUCAGGGUGGAGUAUGAGCUCACGGAGGACGGCUCCACACCCAUGACUCUCGACCUCCCCAACACACAGAACUCAGUGACCAUCAACGACCUUCUGCCUGGUCGCCGUUACAACGUGCGUGUGCAUGAGAUCUCGCCCGGGGGUGAACCCACUCUCAUCCUCACCACCACCCAGACCACCGCUCCUGAUGCCCCAGCUGAGCACUCUAUCAAUGACGUUGGAGAGACGGCCAUUGUCAUCAGCUGGACCAAGCCCCAAGCUCCUAUCACUGGUUACCGUGUGGUCUACAAACCAUCCAUUGAGGGAUUCACACCAUCCACUGAGCUAACCCUUCCCGACGACGCUACCAGGGUGACCCUGGGUGACCUUUUGCCCGGUGUCCUGUACAACAUCAGCAUCUAUGCUGUCGAGGACGACAUGGAGAGCGAGCCUGUGUUCGUUCAGGUGACCACUGCUGGAGAGCCCACUUCUGAGGAAGUGCAGGCUCCCACAGACCUCCAGUUCUUUGACGUGUCUGACAUGAAGAUCUCCAUCACAUGGACGGGUCCCCCGACCGAGGUGUCCGGAUACCGCGUGGCCUUUACCCCUGUUAGCCCUGACGGCACUACCCAGAGGCCUCUGCAGUUGCCCGUUACCCACAAUGCUUAUGCCGAGAUCACUCACCUGCAGCCCGGCACGAUCUAUCGCUUCUUCAUCUACACCAUCAAUGGAGGAGUGGAGAGCCAGCCACUGGUUGGAGAGCAGGCCACAAAGCCUGAUUCCCCCACCAGCCUGCGCUUCGACGACAUCACCGAGAAGAGUGCCCUGCUCAUCUGGUCCGCCCCACGUGCCACCGUCACGGGCUACCGGCUCUUCCUGACCAUCGAGGGCUCCAGCCCCAAGCAGCAGCGCAUCCCCAGCGACGUGACCCAGUACCGGCUGUCCAACCUGAAGCCCGACACCGACUACACGGUGCGCCUGCACUCGGAGCAGGGCAACACUCUCAGCGAGGGCGUGGAGAGCAUCUUCAGCACCACCCAAGCCAUGGGUAACGCCCCCCGCUUCAACACUGAUGUCACCGACACCUCCAUCAUCAUCACUUGGACUCCCAAGCCCCGGUUCAGUUACAGGCUGUCAGUGAGGCCGAGCCUGGGCGGAGAGGCUCCCAGAGAUGUGACCUCUGACAUUGGCAGCAUCAUCAUCUCUGGCCUGACCCCAGGGACUGAGUACAUCACCAGUGUCCAGCCCAUUGUCAACGGCCGCAACCACGGCAACCCAAUCACCAGCAAAGUGACCACCCCUCUAUCGCCACCAACUGACCUCAACCUGGUUUCAAACCCAGACAAUGGCGACCUCACUGUGAAGUGGGUUGCCUCCAAAACACCUGACCUCACCGGCUACCGAGUGACGUGCAACCCGACCAACGGGCAGCGUGGGAACACUCUGGAGGAGAACGUGAGGCCUGAUCAGAACUCCUGCGUCCUGGAGAACCUGAGCCCAGGGGUGGAGUACAACGUGAGCGUCUUCGCCAUCAAAGACCAGAUGGAGAGCGAGCCUGUCUCCACCACCGUCACCCAAGAUGUACCCCAGCUAAGUGAUGUGAACUUCGUCAAUGUCACUGACACCACUAUCGGACUGAGGUGGACCCCUCUUAACCUGCCGACCGUAACGGGCUAUCACAUUAAGGUGACGGCGUCCGGCGAGAGCGUGCCCCUUCUUGAGGACAUGCUCGAGCCGACCGCCGACUAUUACACGGUGCACGGCCUGGAACCGGGCAUUGACUAUGACAUCAGCAUUACCGCGGUAACGGAGGGAGGAGAGGGCGAACCGUCAACCAUCACCCAGCAAACAAGGCCCAGAACUGCUGUCCCUGCACCCACAAACCUGCAUUUCGACGAGGUCGGAGCAGACACAAUGCGAGUGUCCUGGAACAUCCCCAGAUCCACUGAUAUCUCUCGCUCGGUCAUCCGCUACCAGCCCAUCGAGGACAGCAACGUCCAGGAGGUCAACGUUGGGAGGACCACGGAAUCCUUUGUCCUGCAGAACCUGCAGCCAAACACCGAGUACAUGGUGAGCGUGGUGUGUGUGUAUGACGACCAUGAGAGCCAACCCGUCAGGGGCACCCAGAGAACAAUCCUGGACUCUCCCACUAACCUGGACUUCUCCGAGAUCGCCUCCAACGCUUUCACCGUCCACUGGACCGCUCCCCUGGCUCGCAUCAAUGGCUACCGCCUGCGCUACCAGCCCACCAACGGCGGCCGUGCAAAGGAUGAGCGCCUGCCCCCCACCAGGACCCAGUUCACCCUCACCAACCUCCAGCCAGAGACCGAGUACGACAUACACAUCUACGCCAUCAGCGGCCGCGAUGAGAGCCGACCCCUGCAAGGACGCCAAGCCACCGUCACCGAGGCCCCCACCAAUCUUGAGGUGACCGGCUCCACCCCCAACAGCAUCACCAUCAGCUGGGACCACCCCCCAGUGACCGUGCGCUACUACAGAAUCACACAUGGAGAGUCAGGCGAGAGCCCUGCAAAGGAAUUCACUGUCCCCGGAACUGAGUCCACGGCCACCAUUGAGAACCUGCGUCCCAACACCGAGUACACCAUCACUGUGUAUGCGGUCACUGGCCGAGGGGACAGCCCUGCCUCCAGCACCCCCAUCUACGUCACCCAUAGGACUGACACCCCUGGUGGACGCCCCUACGUCCCAUCUCCCUCCUCCAUGGACGUGACUGACGUGCAGGACAAUGCCAUCACUGUGCGCUGGAGCCCCGCCAAGGGCCCCAUCACCGGCUACCGAGUCACUGGCGCUCCCAAGAACGGAGACGGACCCUCCUUCUCUGAGGUUGUUGGGCCUGAGAGGACUGAGCUGACUCUUACAGGCCUGUCACCCACUGUAGAGUAUGUGGUUAGUGUGUAUGCCAUUGGCAAGGGUGGAGAGAGCCCCCCAGUGGUGGAAAACGCUGUUACAGGAGGCAGUGGUGACCACCCUACCGACCUUUCCUUCACCGACGUGCAGACGACCGCUCUGCGCGUGACAUGGGACGCUCCCUCAGAGCGUGUGACCUCUUACAGGGUUCUGUACACCAAUCCAGAGGAGGGCGAACGUGAGCUGUACCCAGCACCUCGUGGUACCGACACCAGCGCCGUGAUCCCCAACCUCCGGCCCAACACUGAGUACACCAUCCAGGUCAUCCCCGUGCAGGGACGCACACCUCUGACCACACUGCUGGGCAAGCAGGCCACCAAAGGCCUAACAGCCAGCAGCGGUGACCGCCCUACUGACCUCUCUUUCACCGACGUGGACACGACCUCUCUGCGCGUGACAUGGGACGCUCCCUCAGAGCGUGUGACUUACUACAGGGUUCUGUACACGAGCCCAGAGGAGGGCGAACGUGAGCUGUACCCAGCACCUCGUGGCACCGACACCAACGCCGUGAUCCCCAACCUCCGGCCCAACACUGAGUACACCAUCCAGGUCAUCCCCGUGCAGGGACGCACACCUCUGCCCAAACUGGUUGGUCAGCAGGCAACAAGAGGCCCCACAGCUGGCAGCGGUGACCGCCCUACUGACCUCUCUUUCACCGAUGUGGACACGACCUCUCUCCGCGUGACAUGGGACACUCCCUCAGAGCGUGUGACCUCUUACAGGGUUCUGUACACCAAUCCAGAGGAGGGCGAACGUGAGCUGUACCCAGCACCUCGUGGCACCGACACCAGCGCCGUGAUCCCCAACCUCCGGCCCAACACUGAGUACACCAUCCAGGUCAUCCCCGUGCAGGGACGCACACCUCUGCCCAAACUGGUUGGUCAGCAGGCAACAAGAGGCCCCACAGCUGGCAGCGGUGACCGCCCUACUGACCUCUCUUUCACUGACGUGGACACAAACUCCCUCCAUGUGACAUGGGACGCUCCCUCAGAGCGUGUGACUUACUACAGGGUUCUGUACACGAGCCCAGAGGAGGGCGAACGUGAGCUGUACCCAGCACCUCGUGGCACCGACACCAGCGCCGUGAUCCCCAACCUCCGGCCCAACACUGAGUACACCAUCCAGGUCAUCCCCGUGCAGGGACGCACACCUCUGCCCAAACUGGUUGGUCAGCAGGCAACAAGAGGCCCCACAGCCACACAGCCUGGGACAGUCCCUGCACCCACAAACAUCCAGUUCACUGAGGUGGGCCCUACCUACUUCACCAUCACCUGGAUCUCCCCCAACUUCAGGCUAACCGGCUACCGCGUGGUGGUCAGCCCCAAGAACAACCAGGCCCCGUCCAAGGAGCUCAAUGUGGCCCCUGACUCCAGUCGCGUCACCGUGCCAGGACUCAUGCUUGCCACCCCCUACAUCGUGUACGUGUACGCCCUGAGAGACUCAUCGGCCAGUCCACCCCUGACUGGAGAGAUCACCACCACUGACAACCUUAGCCCACCCCGCCGCGUGAGGCUGUCCGAUUUGAUGGAGUCCUCCGUCACACUCACCUGGAGGACCAAGGUUGAGCCUAUCACCGGCUUCCUCAUUGAGGCCAUCCCUGAUGACCGCAGAUACCCCACCAUCAGCAAGACCAUCCCCGAGGAGGCCAGAACGUUCAUCCUCACAGGGCUUCAGCCUGGCACCUUCUACACCAUCAACAUGUACACCCUGAACGGAAACUCCCGGAGCCCUGCCUUCACCCUCACUGUGACCACACCUGCUCCAGCAGUUAAUGCUCCAACGGACCUCCAGUUCACCUCCAUCACCCCCUCCUCCAUCUCCUUCUCCUGGCGCCCCCCGACCACACGCAUCACAGGAUACUAUGUCACCUAUGAGGAGUCUGGAGGCAGGCCCCGUGAGCUCACCCCCAGACCACAUGCUGGCCAGAACUAUGCCACCAUCACUGGGUUGAAACCACGCACUGAGUACAUCAUCAAGAUAAUCGCCCUCUCGAAUGGACAGAGAAGCACACCGCUGAUAGGCACGGCCACAACUCAAUUUGGCUCGCUUCCGCUGCCACCGCCACCCUCGCGCCCUGGCUCCGAAGACCGACUGGACGUGCCACACAUCAUCGACGACAACACCGUUAGUGUACCAGCGGUAGUGGGGACAGGCGGCCAGGACACCCUAGGGGGCCAGGGCCAGAAUGUCGAGUACACUGAGUACAACAACCGGCCCAACCAGCCCAACCAGCCAAACCUGCCCCACCGGCCCCAGGUGCCCCAGAGGCCCCAUUACCCACUGGUCUACAUCCCAAAACCGGGGCCCGACGGGAACAGGGUGCCGGUGGUGCAGGUGAGUGAAGACCUUCCCGGGCACGGGCUUCCUUAUGGUUUUCCAGAGAACGACACGGGAAGUCCUCAGGAGGCACAGACGCAGACUGUCAUCACCUGGCAGCCACUGCCACAGAGCACCGCCUACGAGGUCCACUGCGAGCCACUCACCCACCGCAACGAGAGGACCUUCCAGAUGCGUCUUCCAGGCACGUCCACUAGCGCUACCCUGAUUGGCCUGACCUCUGGGGCUUCCUACAACGUCAUCGUUGAGGCUCUGAAGGAUGCUCUUAAGCACAAGGUGUUUGAAGAGGUCGUCACCGCAGGCAACACUGUCUCCGAAGGACAGCCUGAAGGACUCCCGGCCAAUGGGGAUUCCUGCUACGACACCUUCACAGCCACCUACCACAACGUGGGUGAGGAGUGGGAGCGCAUGUCUGAGACCGGCUUCAAGCUGUGGUGCAGAUGCCUAGGACUGGGCAGUGGCCACUUCAGAUGUGACUCUUCCAAAUGGUGCCAUGACAACGGCAACAACUACCGAAUUGGCGAGAGGUGGGAUAGGCAGGCUGAGAAUGGUCACAUGAUGAGCUGCACCUGUUUGGGCAAUGGCAAGGGAGAGUUCAAGUGUGAACCACAUGAGUCUACCUGCUAUGAUGAUGGGAAAAUGUACCAUGUGGGCAACCAGUGGCAGAAAGAAUAUCUUGGAGCCAUCUGCACUUGCACAUGCUAUGGUGGGCAGCAGGGAUGGCGCUGUGAGAACUGCAGAAGGCCAGGAGGUGAUGGCGGUCCCCAAGUCCACCCUGUUCGCGUAAACACCUACACCAACCAAGGAGACACAACCUUCCGCAGAGUGAUGAAAGCGCUGCUACCUACAGGUUCAAGAACAUUCAGUGCCCCAUUGAGUGCCUCCGGCCUGACCUCCUCGCUGACGCGAUCUCUCCAACCAACCCCAACGAGUGAGCGCCCGUGCCUGAAGCGAUGCAUCGCCAUCCCUCUGCGGCCAAAGACCCGCCGUUUUCAGCGGGCCACCCGGCGGACAUCUUCCACCGAAUCCAGACGUGACGAAUGAGAUUGUAUUAACACACAUUAGUGCCUUAACACCCUACCCUCCCAAAUAGUUUUGUUCCCCCACUGCAUUGCUUUUUCGGCUUUAUCACACCGACAGUUAACGUCACGCUAACGCUAGCCCAUCCUCCCCACCCCACUCACUCCUAUACUGCCCUCUUCAUGAUUAGGUCGGCAGUUGGGAUUCUUUUUUGUCUUCAGUGUGUUAAAUGUUUGGAUAUCUGUUGUUGCGAUUCUCUCAGAAAUGUAUUGAGACACUUUAUAAGAGAAAACAAAGAAUAACACAUUCCUGUUCCAUGUUGAAGCCCUGGCGACCAUUACUGGUGUGGGCAUCUUGUCACGUCAAAAGGGAUAUUCAAAUGUCCAAGCCAAUUUGCAUCUCUACUGAUUAUAUUUUAUCAGUAAUAACUUCCCAGUAUUAGUGCCAUACAUUGGUAACAAAGUAUUUUUGUACUUUUUUUUUUAAAAGAAAUUACUGAAAAGUUACUCAUCAGAAAUGGAGCACUGUUUGAGAAUGUGUUGGAGUACCAGUCAUGGUACAUUGAGGUUCGGUCCAUAUCGCAGUUUGUGUUAUGUUUGAUGUUUUUUUUCUUUUUCUUUUGUGGCCCUCCAUUGUAAAAGAUGUGGCCAGCACUGUUUUCGAAUGACAAUGACACUUACUGAUAAUGAUUGAUUUGUUUGUAAUUUUUCUAACUUUUUGUUUAUCACUUUAAUUUAUCCCUAAAUUCUUCUAAAGUGUUGAAAGGUUAGAACUGGGAUGUAAAGAUAGAUUUUUGUACUGUAAGUGCCAAAGGUCUUCACUACUGUCUAAUUUCCCUUUUUGGAUAAAAAUGUACAAAGAACCUCAAA